UCUCUCCGCAUGUUCAUAUCACAAGCGGUGUGGAGCUCCAGACAGAGCUUGGCACGUCCCCGACAAUAACGCACUCCAUCUCGGAUUCGUCGCCCCGGACCUGAGGGUACCAGUAACUACCCAGGGUGCUAUUCGGACAUGCUACCUCACCAGGAAACUGCAGACUUUAGACGGGUAUGAUUUGGAUUUGGAAAUGCGAUAUUGUGGCCACUUAAAUAUUGUACAAUCUAUACAAUCUUCAUAGAGGCAGUGCCGAGAUUCAAGGACACUUCGUACACAGGGUUAGGAAAGAAACGUUGCUGAACUUCCCUUUGGCGCAAUUCUGCAAUAAUACGAAAUGCUCUGAGACUGAAUUCUGAGAAGCACCUGACAAUUGCCUAGUGCACUUUAUCUAAUUGGACGAGGGUUUGACAACUAUUGAAUGACGCUGUAAAAGAACAAUGUUUCAAACUUGUGAAUUGAGGUUUGGCGUUGGUUCUGUCGUCUCCGAUUUGGUAGCCUAAACAUCAAUGGAUACAUCACUUUGGAAUUACAAGCCCCUAUUGUCGCGUGUUUUAGGAUACACAAUGCUAGUACUACUAUUGAAAUUACUGUGCUUUUCACUUUGUAGAGAGGUUGUUUUCACUCACAUACACCGGGAGAAGACAAAGACAAAUGUUACUCCUAGACAUGAGUAUGCCGUCACUAACGGGAACGUAAACAAAACCAAUAGUAGGCAGAGUUGGCACUCUGUGUAUGGCAGAGUUGUCAACGAAAUGGACAGUAAAAGGGUGCAUACCUCAAGUGCAUCGUCUUGGGAUGUGGUUAGGACAUGGGUGGAUAACAUGAAUGGGACUGUUAAUAUGAAAAGAGUUAUGAAUGAAAGAGCAAUAGUGCGCAAAGGCCAUUCUUCAAAUGGAACCGAUUAUGUUACGUUACUCGAGGAUGGAAAGUCAGAGAGCCUCGAGGUGGAAAAGUUGGACACCGAACAGCAUGCAACCAUGGAAACGCGGGAUUUUGUAUAUGGUCAUUUAAACCCCUCCAUGAGACGCACGCGAGGAGGACACCGCCGUAACGAGCACAAACGGAUCUGCAGACACAAAAGAGGGACCGUAAGCCGUCGGAGAAGAAAUGUGAAGGAUGGCAGUAAGAAAGAUAACAAAAUAAGUGAGCCAACCAUGCUGUCAGAUGCGUCUUUGGAUGCACUGUUGGCCAUGUGGAAACCGCUGCCUAAACCUAUGGCCCAGAACCAGUCAACAGACUUGCCAUUUGAUGCCAGUGAUUAUGAACAGUUCACUUUGCCAGACCUCCAGGACUAUACCACACUGAUUCCUCUCAAUCCUCAAACAAAGAGAAAAUAUGUCAAAACUAACUUUUACCCCAUAACAGCAGAAUCAUAUGCCUACAUGAUCAUUUCAGUCAUCAUUUUUACUGUUGGAAUAAUUGGGAAUAUGGCAAUCAUGUGCAUUGUGUGCCACAACUACUACAUGAGAAGUAUUUCAAAUUCUCUUCUUGCCAAUCUCGCCCUUUGGGAUUUUGUUGUCAUCUUUUUCUGCCUGCCGCUGGUGAUAUUCCAUGAACUAACCAAGAACUGGUUGUUGGGAGAGUUCUCCUGUAAAAUCAUCCCCUAUAUUGAGGUCGCCUCCCUAGGGGUUACCACCUUUACCCUGUGCGCUUUGUGCAUCGACCGCUUCCGCGCUGCCAACAACGUCCAGAUGUACUAUGAGAUGAUUGAGAACUGUGCCUCCACGGCCGCCAAGCUGGCCGUUAUCUGGAUCGGGGCUCUCCUAUUGGCCCUGCCAGAGCUCCUGAUCCGCCAGCUGGUCACUGAAGAUGGCGAGCAUCCGGAUGUGACGCCCUGCCAGCGCUGCGUGGUUCGUAUCUCCACCGAGCUCCCUGACACACUCUACAUGCUGGGCCUGACCUAUGAUGGUGCUCGCCUCUGGUGGUACUUUGGCUGCUACUUCUGCCUACCCACGCUGUUCACCAUUGGCAGCUCCCUGGUGACCGCCUGUAAGAUCCGGAAGGCCGAGCGGGCCUGUGUGCGCGGCAACAAGAAACAGAUCCAUCAGGAGAGCCAGAUGAACUGCACAGUUGUGGCUUUGGCCAUCCUCUAUGGCUUCUGCAUCAUCCCAGAGAACAUCUGCAACAUCGUCACUGUCUACAUGGCGGCGGGUAUUCCCAGACAGACCCUGGACAUUCUCCAUCUGGUCAGCCAGCUGCUGUUGUUCUGUAAAUCGGCAGUGACACCUGUCCUGCUGUUCUGCCUGUGCCAGCCCUUCAGCCGGGCAUUCCUGGACUGCUGCUGCUGCUGCUGUGACGAGUGUGGCCCGCCCAGAUCUUCCACCUCCGCCAUUUCCAGUGAGGAGAACGAGCACGAGUGCACCACUACCGACCUGGAGCUGUCACCCUUCAGCACCGUCCACAGGGAGGCAUCCUCCUCAUACACCACUGCGGCGACCCACUGCUAAGAAGGGUCAAAAGGUCAUGACCUCCAUCAGAUGUUACAACUGCCCUGGGAAGAGGUCAAGAGAUCGGACUGUAAACCUAUGGGGCUGGUUUCCCGGCACCCGGAUUAAAUUUACUCCAUGAUGCUAGCUAGUCUGGGGAUAUGCUUAAUCUGAGUCUGGGAGACCCUUACAGUUAGGAUUAGUAAAUGUUUGAAUCCCAACAAUUUAGGAGUUUAGAGGGCACGCCCUAUUCUAAAUGUUCACUUAAUUUCCUGAAUUGACUUUGAUUUUAAUUGACGUAAUCUCUGGUGAACAUAUGUCUCGGUUUACUCAAGUUGUGUGUAUAUACAGUUGAAGUCGGAAAUUUACAUACACUUAGGUUGGUGUCAUUAAAUCUUGUUUUUCAACCACUCCACAAAUUUCUUGUUAACAAAUUUAUAGUUUUGGCAAGUCGGUGAGGACAUCUAUUUUGUACAUCACACAAGUAACUUUUCCAACAAUUGUUUACAUAGAAAUUAUUUCACUUAUAAUUCACUGUAUCACAAUUCCAGUGGGUCAGACGUUUACACAGUUGACUGUGCCUUUUUUAACAGCUUGGAAUAUUCCAGAAAAUGAUGUCAUGGCUUUGGAAGCUUCUGAUAAGCUAAAUGACAUAAUUUGAGGCAAUUGGAGGUGUACCUGUGGAUGUAUUUCAAGGCCUACCUUCAAACUCAGUGCCUCUUUGCUUGACAUCAUGGGAAAAUCAACAGAAAUCAGCCAAGACCUCAGGUAAAAAAGAAUUUAUAGACCACAAAUUCAUCCUCGGGAGCAAUUUCCAAAUGCCUGAAGGUACCACGUUCAUCUGUACAAACAAUAGUACGCAAGUAUAAACACCAUGGGACCACGCAGCCGCCAUACAGCUCAGUAAGGAGAUGCGCUCCUAGAGAUUAAUGUACUUUGGUGCGAAAAGUGCAAAUCAAUCCCAGAACAACAGCAAAGGACCUUGUGAAGAUGCUGGAGGAAACAGGUACAAAAGUAUCUAUAUCCACAGUGAAACGAGUCCUAUAUCGUCAUAACCUGAAAGGACGCUCAGCAAGGAAGGAGCCACUGCUCCAAAACCGCCAUAAAAAAGUCAGACUAUGGUUUGCAACUGCACAUGGGGACAACGAUCGUACUGGUCUGAUGAAACAAAAAUAGAACUGUUUGGCCAUAAUGACCAUUGUUAUGUUUGUUAUGUUUGGAGGAAACGGGGAGGCUUGCAUGCCGAAGAACACCAUCCCAACCGUGAGACACGGGGGUGGCAGCAUCAUGCUAUGGGGAUGCUUUGCUGCAGGAGGGACUGGUGCACUUCACAAAAUAGAUGGCAUCAUGAGGGAGGAAAAUUAUGUGGAUAUAUUGAAGCAACAUCUCAAGACAUCAGUCAGGAAGUUAAAGCUUGGUCGCAAAUGGGUCUUUCAAAUGGGCAAUGACCCCAAGUAUACUUCCAAAGUUGUGGCAAAAUGGCUUAAGGACAACAAAGUCAAGGUAUUGGAGUGGCCGUCACAAAGCCCUGACCUCAAGCCUAUAGAAAAUGUGUGGGUAGAACUGAAAAAGCGUGUGCGAGCAAGGAGGUCUACAAACCUGACUCAGUUACACCAGCUCUGCCAGGAGGAAUGGGCCAAAAUGCACCCAACUUAUUGUGGGAUGCUUGUUGAAGGCUACCCAAAAUGUUUGACCCAAGUUAAAAAUUUUAAGGCAAUGCUACCAAAUACUUAUUGAGUGUAUGUAACCUUCUGACCCACUGGGAAUGUGAUGAAAGAAAUUAAAGCUGAAAUAAAUCAUUCUCUCUACUAUUACUCUGACAUUUCACAUUCCUAAAAUAAAGUGGUGAUCCUAACUAACCUAAGACAGGGUAUUUUUACUUGGAUUAAAUGUCAGGAAUUGUGAAAAACUGAGUUUAAAUGUACUUGGCUAAGGUGUAUGUAAACUUCCGACCUCAACUGUAUGAUAAAUUGUCCAUUUGUUUACAGAAACCAUACGGAAAGUAAUGUGAAUAGUUCAAUUCAACAUUUUGAAUUUAUUAACUCACCUGUAUAUUCUCUUUUUGAAUUUGCACUGAAAUUUACCAUCUUUAUUUUGUUUGUUGUUGUUAUUUUGUCAUGUUUUUAUUUUAUUUUGUUGUUUCUUCCUGCUGCCAGAGUGUCUCAAAUGGAAAGCAAUAUAUUGAAAUGGCUGGUCGUAGUGUAUUGUGUUUUGCUGAUAAUGGUGAUUCUUGUGAAUCAGUUCAAAGUUAUUCCUAGCUCCCUUGCUAUGUAAGUAUAUUAUUCCGUCUGUAUUUGAUAGCAGAAAACUGUGCGAUACACUUCAGUCAGCCAGUAAACUUACUGGAGUGGUGUUUUUUUUUAACUCACUUUAAUAAAUAAAUAUAGAAAGAGUU